AUGCAAUCCGCUCGCCGCUUCACGUACACCAUCGUCGGCGACGCAGGUGUCGGGAAGACGUGCCUGGAGCGGCAGUUCACGUCCAGGACGUUCCAGGAGGUGCACGAUCUCACCAUCGGCGUUGAGUUCAGCACGCGCACCAUCAACGUCGACGACAAGCGCAUAAAGCUUGACAUCUGUGACACGGCUGGCCACGAAGCGUUCGUACCUAUUACUAAGCAAUUCUACUGCGGAGCUGCUUGUAUCAUUUUGGUUUAUGACAUCACAAGGAGGGAGACUUUUGAUCAUAUAGCUAUAUUGCUUGAAAGAGCAAGAGAGCUAUCGAGAGCCGGCGUAACAUUGGCGCUGAUCGGAAACAAAUGCGAUCUGUCUCACAUGCGUGCGGUCAGCUACGAGGAAGGGCGGGAGUUCGCCAAGAGGCAUGAUCUCGUGUUUAUGGAGACCUCUGCAAAAACCACACAAAAUGUUGAUGAGGCAUUCAUUCUGGCCGCGGAAAGAAUAUACAAGAAAGUCCAAGUUGGUGUCCUUGACUUACCUGAAAAGUCUCUCGAAACUUCGAAAUCUUUGGCAAGCCUUGGAGUUGUCAAAUCUAGGCAUGCCAAUAUGCUGGAUAGCCAAUUUUUGGCACAAAAUGGGUCGAUGGAAGUAGAUAUGAAGCUGAGAAAUCCUAAUGACCGGUUUAUGCACAAGGAUCCUUUUGAACUUGCUAACUUAGUGCCGUCGCUGGCCACGUUGGCUCGAUCCCGAGGUGUUUCCCCUCCCCUGAACAUUGGAUUUCAGUGCAUCAAGUUCACCAAUGAAUCUGACAACGAAUUCGUGGGUUGCUUGUGGGCUCUGAAAGAUGGACUCAUGGAUGGCCUUCCUUCGUGCAUGCCAAAUUGCCCAAAGGGUGACAGCAGUGAGGAUGAAGUGCUCAUGUGA